AUGAGCACUACGAACAACAAUAAUAACAAUAAUAAUAACGUGUUGAGGAACUCCGAGAACGAUUUGAACGUGAAAGCGAACACUUCUUCGAAGACUGCGAGAGUCAAUAGUUCCACCUCAGCGGGCGAGGAGGAGGAACGAGGAGGCGCGAGAAAAACAAGGACGACGAAUACGAAUCUGAACGAUAAAUUUGAAGACGCGGUGGAAAGCCCGCAAGGCUCUUCGCAAGUGCAUCCGAGAGAGAGCAGAGAUGAUGACGACGCAUUUAGUGGGAAAACUAUGGACGCGGCCGACCCUUGGGCGGUGCCGGAGACGGAAUAUGAGCACCAUCGACAAAGAAAUGCGUCCACAUCCGAUACGACAAAAAGAACGCAUUCACCAUCGGUUCGUUCCGCUGGUAUUGCAUCUGCGCAGCAAAGUUUACACUCGAUGCACCAGGUUGAAAAUAUAUCGCCGGCAAAGAUACGGAACACGUGGUCGCCGAAAACGAAGACGACGCCGACGAAACAAACUUCCAUCGCCGUGCCUCGACCAGUUUCACCAUAUGCGCACGUUAAAAACAAAGAUGGUACGCAUCAUCACAAUAAACAACACCAGCAACAAAACCGUCAAUCGACGAAAGUCAUCGUCAAAAAGCCACAGCACCACCAGACGAUAAAUCGAGAGAAUAUCUCAAACGAGAGUUAUUUGGGACCAUGGCGAGGCGAAGAACGAGCUCGUUUAUUCGCGUACGAGGCAUGCUUACAGUCGUGUUUGGAAGGAUCGCUCGGCACCCAAGCUGCGCAGUCUAAAGUAGACAUGGCUGUUCGAUUUCUUACGGACAGAUGUCGCGAGCUUCGCGUUGGAUUCGGUUUAGAAACCGUGUUGGUUGGGACGAGACCACAGAACGAGUAUUUUCCUUCGCAUCAACAAGCGUCGACGUCGAAUGAUAAUAUUAACGAUUUAGGCGAACACAACGGAAGAAGUGGAGGUGCGAAUGUAGCAUCAAAAGCUGGUAACGAUGUGAGCAUGCUUGGCGGUGCUGGUGGUGCAAAAUGGGCAGCUUUAAAUAUUGACGUUUUGGGUGUAGAUAUCACCGAGCGCGGUUUAAAAAAAUAUUCCAAAGGUUGGGAUCCGCGGAUGUCCAUGAAUACGAACGAUCUCCGCGGCCGUAAAGUAAAGAUACAAACAACCGGCGGUCCGGGAAGCGCUGAUUCUGUCGCGGAUUUCAUGUUUGAGAAUUUGCACGCGAACGGAGGCACCCCCGCGACGCAAAAGCCUUCGAACGAAGACGGGAAUAAAAAGUUGAGAAGUUUCAACGAAUCAAUGUCGAUGUCGAAAACGAUCGAUAAGAGCGGACCUUCUUCUUCCAUGGUGUCCAAAAUCAAGCGUUUGCCGCUCGGGCCUGGCGAUGAAAUGCUCGUCGUUGAAGUGUACGUUCGAUCUGGUAAAACGGCUAGAGCGCAAGCUUCGCUUGAGGACGUGUGCGAGUGGUGCAGAGCGAACGGCGAAGUUGAUUUACCGUUGUACGUAAACGCGACGGUCAAAGAUAAAGAAAACGAUGGCGCGAUGAAAAAUAUCACGUACAAUAAAGGGAGCAUAAAAUUGAGCGUGAACUUUGAGGUUGCGGUUGGCAUCGGCGCGUCAUCGGCGCCGCCGGGUUCUGAUCCAGGUUUUUUUGGCAAGAAUUCGAGUAAAAAUGGCGUCCAAUUAUCCACGUCGGGUGCAUACGACAUCGCUUUAGCAGCUGCUUUGAGAUCCUUACACUUUACGAGGAGACGUUUGCAGCUGCACGGACACUGGGCAUGGCUACUGGAGGAGUUACGUUGCAACAAUAACGUUUCCGAGUCCUACGCGAGUUUACGAUACGUUCAGCACUUGUUAGCGGUUGCGACUCCAACGGCGGAUUGCUUGUCUUUAAUAUGCCAGCACUUGAAGUUACCUCUGCGUAAAGAAGCUGAAGGCACCUUGUCUGGAAUGGAAUUACAAACUCUGAAUGGGCACGUGAGAGGAGGCGUGUUGUCGCUCGUGUGCGUCUGCUUUCAAAAUUACAAAUCGUUGGACGAAUCUGAGUUUCGAGGGAUCGUGGAUGCAAACUCAACUCCGCACGAAAUUCCAGCACCUGCUCUGGAUGUUUCAUUGGAGUUGUUUAGAAUGUUGAAGCGAAACGAGACGAACGACCAAGUAUUUGAAAUUUUGGCGAGCAACUUAUCGAGCGCAGCGCGAACGUGUUACAAGAGGAAUAAAGCAGUAAUUUUAGGAGACGCGCAAAUGCUCGCCAUGCAAGAUCCUGAGACGAACUCGACUUUAUACCAGCUCAUCGGUACGUUGUGCCAAAACAUUUUGAAAGAGUUGGAAGUUGAUCACGUCGUCCAAGACUCGUGCUUGAUGCCGAUUGGAUUUUCCUUACCGUUAGUUUCUUCUGAUAUUUAUUGUGCCGAAUUGACAUCCACGGUGUCGUACGCUUUGAAGAAAACGCCGCCGAACGCUCCGCCGACGAAUGAAGUGCUCGGGUGCAUUGAUUACUGUUGUGAAGUCGAAAGCGCUUCGUUGCGAGAAGAAGGCGAAUCACCGAGCGUUCCAGCAAGAUUUGAUACCAGAGGUUUGUUUCAAUCGCACAUCGAUCGAUGGAUCGAAUCCGCUCGAUUACGCUUAGAAGCCGGUUGUUCGAACGCGUUGAACAAUAAAGGCAUUUCAGAAGCUGCUAUGGACGAUAUUUACGCCGAAAUGCAUCUCGCUUUGGAAGGUUUUGAGAAAAUUGUGACGCGUUGGCCAGAUAUCGGUUUGCCUUUGGAGGGGAUACUCGUCGGCGCGGAGCGGCUGGUGUUGCUUCGCAUUUACGAAACGGUCGAGCACUUACAACUCGGUCGUGACUUUAGAGAUGCGGUUUCUGAAACGACUGCUCAAAUGAAUGGCCACAAGAGAAACUCCACAAACUUUAAAUCGAGCGCGCGAGGCGGCGUCAGCAAAUUCAGUCACAAUAACAACACAAAGAUGGAUAAUUUCAUGAGCAUGGCGAAAGAUGCAAAGCGCGCUUUGACGACGUUUGGAAAAGCCACGACGUCGGCAGCAAAGGUUGCAAAACGUACGGUGACGAAAACUACGCAAGAUUUGAAACGAUUCGCUACGUUUGAGCGUCAACCGCAAGGUUUGCCCUCUGAGCUCGCGGCGGCCUUGAGUGCCGUAAAAGCCAUGGAAAUGUUUCGUCCAGAGUUGUGUCAACGCCUCUCAAAGUGGGUUGAAGCUGGACACGGUUGCGACGAGGAGUUUGGCAGAAGAAUGGUUGAAGUUCUCGGCGAGCUGAGAGCACAGUACGCGGGAUACAUGCGAAGAGCAGUUGCUGGUGUUGCCGCGAGCGGGCCGUCAUUACGUUUGGCGUUGAGAGAUGCAAGACCGGAUGCGCACAUUGACGCGGUAUUAGACCCCGUUUUAAAAUACGUGGAUGACAUCUCUUCGAUGCUCGCCCGCGCUUUGUCGCACAGAAGAGCGUACGUAGGUGUUCUCAGAGGUUUGUGGGAUUCCAUGGGGAGUGAAGCGCUGUUAUUUUACGAAGAGGAUUUGAAGCAACGCUCGAGCUGGACUCGUCGCGUGCUUGCGGCUGGUGCAGUUGAACGCAUCGGUGAAAUAUUUCGCAGCAUGAUUCGCAACCAGUUGGAACAAGAAGUCAAGGAGAAAGAUUUAGAAGCGCCCGCUCCGAUUGCAAAACUGAACGAGUUGAACUCCUCGAGUGCGAAUGGAGGAAGCAUAAACGUAUAUUAG